UUGCAGAGCACUAGCGUAGGCUCUGGAAUUGAGUACAGCCUGGAAGCCUCAGACAAAGUCAGCCUACUGUUAUUCUGCCUCCCUCUCGGACAGAUUCCUAACCUUGGAUCGCACAGAGUGAAAAUGGUUCACCAUUCAGGCUCAAUUCAGUCCUUUAAACAGCAAAAAGCUCUAGGAAAAGAUAAAGAUUACACAGAUGAAUCAGAACAUGCCAAUUAUGACAGAUCUCGACUCAUUAAAGACUUUGUUCCCAAUAAUAUUUCAGAAGCCAAGACAAGAUUAACGAAGAAUGAAAUGAAUUACAUAGCUUCUAGUGGACUUUUGUUCAAAGAUGGCAAAAAGAGAAUUGAUUACAUAUUGGUUUAUAGAAAGUCAAAUAUACAGUAUGACAAAAGAAACACAUUUGAAAAGAAUCUCAGAGCAGAAGGCUUAAUGUUGGAGAAGGAGCCAGCUGUUGCAAACACUGAUAUAAUGUUUAUUAAAAUUCACAUACCAUGGGAGACCCUAUGCAAGUAUGCAGAGAGGCUGAAUAUCAGAAUGCCAUUCAGGAAAAAAAGCUACUACACUGACCAGAGGAGCAAAUCAACGGGCAGGAUGGAAAGAUAUUUUAGAAGAAUUAAAAAAUGGAUAUCCCAAAACCCAAUGGUUCUUGACGAGUCAGCUUUUCCAGACCUGGAGAAGUCAGACUGCUACACUGGCCCCUUCAGCCGUGCCCGGAUUCACCACUUUAUAAUAAACAAUAAGGACACCUUCUUCAGCAAUGCCACUCGAAGCAGGAUAGUCUAUCACAUGCUGCAGCGCACCAAAUAUGAAAAUGGAAUAUCAAAAGUGGGUAUUUGUAAACUUAUAAAUAAUGGGUCAUAUAUAGCAGCUUUCCCCCCUCAUGAGGGGGCAUACAAGAGUAACCAGCCCAUCAAAACCCAUGGACCUCAAAAUAAUAGGCAUCUAUUGUAUGAACAAUGGGCUCGGUGGGGGAUGUGGUAUAAGCAUCAGCCACUGGAUUUAAUCAGGUUAUACUUUGGUGAGAAGAUUGGGCUAUACUUUGCUUGGCUGGGAUGGUAUACUGGAAUGCUUAUUCCUGCAGCCAUUGUUGGUUUAUGUGUUUUCUUCUAUGGAAUAUUGACAAUGAAUACAAGUCAAGUAAGCCAAGAAAUUUGUAAGGCCACAGAAGUCUUCAUGUGUCCGCUGUGCGAUAAGAACUGCUCACUUCAGAGACUCAACGACAGUUGCAUCUAUGCUAAGGUGACAUAUUUGUUUGAUAAUGGAGGGACAGUCUUCUUUGCUAUUUUUAUGGCAAUAUGGGCCACAGUCUUCCUUGAAUUUUGGAAAAGGAGGAGAAGCACAUUGACUUAUACUUGGGACCUCAUUGAAUGGGAAGAAGAAGAGGAAACACUUCGUCCUCAGUUUGAAGCGAAAUAUUACAAGAUGGAGAGAAUAAAUCCCAUUAGUGGAAAACCUGAACCACAUCAGCCUUCCUCAGAUAAAGUGUCUCGCCUUCUUGUUUCUAUAUCAGGAAUAUUCUUCAUGAUUUCUUUAGUGAUAACUGCAGUGUUUGCAGUUGUGGUAUAUCGCCUGGUUGUCAUGGAACAGUUUGCAUCAUUCAAGUGGAGUUUUAUCAAACAACACUGGCAGUUUGUAACAUCAGCUGCUGCUGUUUGUAUCAAUUUUGUCAUCAUCAUGAUGCUGAAUCUUGCUUAUGAAAAAAUUGCUUUCCUUCUCACUAAUUUAGAAUAUCCUCGAACAGAAUCAGAAUGGGAAAACAGCUUUGCCCUGAAGAUGUUCCUCUUCCAGUUUGUUAAUUUGAACAGUUCUAUCUUCUAUAUUGCUUUCUUUUUGGGGAGAUUUGUAGGCCACCCAGGAAAUUACAAUAAACUUUUUAAUCGAUGGAGACUGGAAGAAUGUCAUCCUAGUGGAUGUUUGAUAGACCUCUGUCUCCAGAUGGGAGUGAUCAUGUUUUUGAAGCAAAUAUGGAACAACUUUAUGGAACUGGGAUACCCAUUGAUACAAAACUGGUGGUCACAACAUAAAAUUAAACGAGGAGUACAAGAUGCUUCCAUUCCUCAGUGGGAAAAUGAUUGGAAUCUACAGCCCAUGAAUAUUCAUGGACUGAUGGAUGAGUACCUAGAAAUGGUUUUGCAAUUUGGUUUUACCACCAUCUUUGUCGCUGCUUUCCCUCUGGCCCCUCUUUUGGCUUUUUUAAACAAUAUCAUUGAAAUCAGAUUGGAUGCAUACAAAUUUGUCACCCAGUGGAGGAGACCUUUGCCAGCCCGAGCAACUGACAUAGGUAUUUGGUAUGGAAUUCUGGAAGGAAUUGGUAUAUUGGCUGUGAUCACCAAUGCAUUUGUAAUUGCAAUAACAUCUGAUUAUAUCCCACGUUUUGUCUAUGAAUACAAAUAUGGCCCAUGUGCAAGUCAUUUUGAAUAUAGUGAAAAUUGCUUAAAAGGAUAUGUCAACAAUAGCCUAUCUUUCUUUGACCUGAGUGAGCUUGGUAUGGGAAAAUCUGGUUAUUGCAGGUACCGGGACUACAGAGGAGCCCCUUGGAGUUCCAAGCCCUACGAGUUCACUUUGCAAUACUGGCAUAUCCUUGCCGCUCGAUUGGCCUUCAUCAUUGUAUUUGAGCACCUUGUUUUUGGGAUCAAGUCAUUCAUCGCAUACCUGAUUCCAGAUGUACCAAAGAAUCUAUAUGACCGAAUACGACGGGAAAAGUAUUUAGUCCAAGAAAUGAUGUAUGAGGCUGAACUAGAACAUUUGCAACAACAACGAAGAAAAAGUGGCCAUCCUGUUCACCAUGAAUGGCCUUAGAUGAUACCUGUUUCCCAGUAGGAAUAAUACUGGGAAUUUUAAGAACGUUAAAUUGUAGAUUGGUUUGUAGGAGAAAGGCAUAUAUGGCAAACCAUAUCUAUAUAU